AGUCCCUGCACCAUGGAAUCCGGCCUUCUGACCCUCUUUGGACAUGGAAUAUAACAGUGGUCUUCUAGCCGAACUCUCCGCUGGGAGACCCCCAUGUUAGCUUGUGGUGCAGGGACCAUUGAGUAAUGUACUUAUACCAAUCUUACGUCGCUCAUGUUAGGCUCUCAAUUGAAGGGGAUCACCAUCAUCGACAUCUUCAAUCAUGGCUCGUGGUCUUCUCACUCUUUGCGUCAGCGCGCUUCUCGCUACGGCGAGCGCUGUAAAGCCCGUCGUCAAGCCCGCGGAUGUAGUCUUCGUCAAUGGCGAGAUCUACACUAUGUGUCCGUCCAACGGACAUGCAUCGGCUCUCGCUGUGCGCGGCGGAAAGAUUGAGUACGUUGGCAGCAAGAAAUCUGCCGACAAGUACAUUGGCAAGAACACAAAGGUCAUUGAUCUCAAGGGAAAGAUGGCCAUGCCUGGUCUUGUCGACUCGCACAUGCACGUUCUCUCUGGUGGUCUGUUUCUUCUCAAGUGCGAUUUGAGCUACCAGACGCUGCCAAUUGAGGAUGUUAUAGAGCAUAUCCAGGGCUGCAUUGAUGGCGAGACUGAUAAGACGGAUGAUGACUGGCUUGAGGUUGUCAAUAUGGACUAUGCUGGUCUUGUUGAGAAGAGCGGAAAUGUUGGAAAGAAGCAGCUUGACAAGCUCAACACCAAGCGACCCAUCAUCAUUCGAUCCAGCGACUACCAUACCGUUCUCGCCAAUUCACGCGCCCUCGAGCUCUCCGACAUCGACUCAAGCACAAAGGACCCCUCCGAUGGCAAGAUUGUUCGUCUUCCUGGUAGCCAAGAGCCCUCGGGUGCUCUCUCAGAUGGCGCCUCUGCCCUCCUCGCUGGUCCUCCUCCUCCCACCGCCGAGGAGAACGUCCAGGCUGGUCGCGCUGCUCUCAAGCUUCUUCGCGAGGCUGGUAUUACCACCUUCCAGGAAGCCGCUGCUGGUGAAGAACAUCACACUCUCUUCAGCACCAUCAAGGCUGAGGAUGGUCUCUCUGCGCGCGCGUACUUUGACUACCGCAUUGAAGCGCCUAAGUCAAUUGACGGUGUUCCCGCGCUCGUCAACAACGUUGUCAAGAAGCUGACUCCUUGGCAUGAUAAUAAGGCCAUUGGUCCCAAGCCCACACUCAAGUGGCAGGCGAUCAAGGCCUUCAUCGACGGUGUCAUCACUUACCCUGCCAACACCGCUGCUCUGAUUGAUCCGUACUGGGCACCCGUCAACAGCUCCGACCUCGACGGCAAAUGGGCCCCCGAUAAGAAGUCCCUCAAUGACCCCUACUGGAAUCCUGCUAUUCUCACCAAGACCCUCGAGCUUCUCUUCCUUGCUGGUUUCGAUGCUCAAUUGCACGUCGACGGUGAUCUUGCCGUCCGUGUUGGUCUCAAUGCUGCCGAGUCGUUCCGCAAGAAGUACCCCCGCAAGGAUUUCCGGCUCGGCCUCGCCCACGAUGAAUUGUCGCAUGAGAAGGACUGGCCUCGCUUUGCUAAGCUCAAGGUCGAUCCCAUCGUCAGUUACCAGUGGGCGCAGCUUAGCUCAUUCUACAUCCCUAACACGUUCAAGUCGCUCGCCGACUACCGAAAGGACAAUCUUCAGGCUUGGGCUGAGAUUGAGAAGGCGGGUCGACCUCUUGUUUAUGGAAGCGAUUGGCCUAUUGAUCCUCUUGAUGAGUUCCUUGCACUCAAGGUCGCGGUCACCCGCUCUGGUGAUCCUCAGAACCCCAACUCCCCCGCAUCCCAAGGCCCUCCCUUCGACGGGAAGUUCCCUGGCAGCGGAAUCUCCCGUACCUCCGCUCUUCAAUCCAUCACCAUCAACGGCGCCCGUUUCCUCCGCGCCGACAAGCAGAUCGGCUCUCUUGAGGUAGGCAAGCUCGCCGACAUCAUCAUCCUCGAAAACAACUUCUUCAAGGUCCCCGAGUCCAAACUCGGCCGCCAGAAGGUCCUCCUUACCAUGGUCGGCGGUGAGGUGGUUUAUGUGGCUGACGGACAGAACUUUGGCGUCAAGGCCAAGUUCCCUAACGACGACAAGACCAGCGCUAAGCUCGCCCGUCGAACUAUCGGCGGCUUCAACGCCAACACGCUGUCAGAGAGAGCCAAGGCCGAUGCGGCCAAGCUUCGAAAGCGCGGCACUUGCGUUCAUAAGCAUUAGGUCCGAGUUAGGAAGAUGGACUGACAGGACAUGUAUGCGAGUCACUACAUUACAUAUAAAUCUUUUAAUAAUUGAAGCGAUUUACAAACAUGAGCUGAUGAGCUGGAUCAAAGCGUAACAAUAGUCCUCUUGGCUACAGAGUCUCGAAGGGCAAAGCAAACACAAGAUCGAGUCAGCUCCCUUGUUCCGCUGCAGAAUCUAUCGGCUGACUGCAGCCGAUCACAAGGAUUCGCCUGCAGAACCAACAGGUACGCGAAAUGGCUGCUCUCGUUCAUGGUUUCGGGCCUAUCGGAGGUACAGGAUGACUGUUGGUGCGCAUGCGAUUGUCAGCCAAUAUUAACAAGGAGGACCCGGCACAUAUCUGCAUCAACGGGUAAGAUCCGUUGCAUCCGCCUAUCGGUCUAUCCCAGUUCUGGAACACACUAACGGAGAAUCCCACGACAUUCGUUGGUGACAACAGCCCAGAAACGAGCUGGCGAUAUUGCAGCUGCGAGCAAGGGGCAGGGCUUCUGGUUAGACCAUCUGUUCGUUUUAGUCGGAAAAGACCACGAUGAUGAGACAUUGUCCGUGGGGACUUUGCAAAAUGAACCUUUUGCUUAU